GUCAAUUAUGGCGUCAUUUCAUUAUCAGUGAGGUUCGUCGAUCGACACGGCGGCUGAAUAUCUGUGGCAUAAUAUUAUCACGAAGUCGAUCAACAAGCUCAGUCUCUCUGAAAACCGCUGUUGGAAUUUGGUUUGAAGUAGACACAGCGGCUUAAAUAUCUAUCAACUUUGCUCAGAAAGGAAACACGUAUAUAGAAAUAAACGAGCAGACUUCUGAUUCCUGGGGGGCGUAUAUAAAACUUUUUAUUUGAUUCAAUUAUUUAUCAUGGCUGAGGGAAAUUGUCAGUCCAAGAUGAUUUUGGUCGACAACCAGUCAGCUCUUCCAGUAACCCUGUUCCUGCACAAAAAUUGGAAUAAAAGGCAGUUUUUAUCGAUCUCUAAAACUGUGAAACCAGGUGGAACCUAUUUUCAUUCAAAAGAAGAAGCUUUUCGAUUCGAACUCGGAGUUCGUUAUGACGGCAAAAAUAUGGAGACAAUUUUCCCUUUAAAAACAUGCGAAGAAGAUAUGGUGCUUCAAAUCUAUGGCGAUGUUAGUUUGGGUGUCAAUGAAAGAAAAUUGGAGCUCAAAGAUAAACAAAUUUGUUUACGGCGACAAAACAUGGAAGAAGAAGUUUCAGCGACAGGAAACAAGAACCUGUACGAAAUUCUCGGCCUGAAUAUGAAAGAUGUCCGCAAGAAGCCUGUCGAAGAACAGAACGAGAUGAUUAAAAAAGCUUAUCGUUCCCAAUUGCUGCGUUGGCAUCCUGACAAGAAUCCUAAGAAUGGCGAUGAAACUAUUUGUCAAGAUAUCAUCCUCGCGUACAAGAUUCUCAAAGAUCCCGAAGCCCGAGCCGCGUAUAAUAACGUCGCAGAUUAUGACAAAGGUUGGGGCUCGAAAGCGCGUGGAAAGGCUAUAUUCAAUCCCGACUGUUACAGCCCAGAACAGAUAAAACAAUAUCGAAAGAGAAUGGGAUUGCUGAUUCUUUCAACUCUACUGGCAGUGGGAGGAGUUGGUGUGACCUUUCUAACAGCAGGGAUGACUGCACCCGCUGUACUAGGGAUUGUCGCUGCAUCGGGGGCCCUCGUUGGCGGUGGCAUAACAAGUGGAUUACGGACAAUGACCCGUGACUCAAUACAGAACGGCUGCGCCUUUGAAAAAUACUUUAAAAGUUUACUGAUUGGUGCUGUUGGUGGAGUGGCAUUGGCAACAGGGGCCGCUGGGUUUGCUGCUUUUUUCGGUGGGGCAGCUAAGAUUGCAAUCAAAGCUUUUCAAGUUUCUCUAGAAGAUCGAAUUGUUCAGAGGUUGGCCAACAGUGCUUUUCAAUGCUUUGUCAAUUCCGUUACAAAUACUUUUGACGCAGUUCUCGCAGGUGAAGAGAAAUUAACGGGAAAAAAAAUUAUUCUUCUUGUCCUAAUUGAUGCUUUUCUUGGAGGAAUUGCUGGUGCUUCGGGCGGGAUGACAGAAAAAAUGAUUGAAGGCACAGUGUCUCCGAUAGAGGCAGAGAUGGCAUUUGUUAAAAUUUCCUCAAUCUCAGGCAAUGGUGUUGAAAAUCUGACAAAAGUAAUAGUGGACAGUUUUACCACCACUGUCUCUGAUCGUUUCAAUGAUGGUGACGAAAAGGAAACUCUAUUGGAUCACAUAAAAAAUGGUACAAAGCAAGUUGCAUCUGUCGUUCGAUGCUAUUGUUUCCAAUGUGGUGGUAAACUUAUCAGAAGUAGCGACUCCAGUGAAACUGAAAACACAGUCCAUAUAAAUCAUCAAAUACCUGAUUGCGAAUGCUUGAUACGCAAUAAAAGUAAACUGCAGUAUUUUUCUGAAGGAACAUGGUUUUCCAAGAUGCUCGUUGAUUAUGAAGAAAACGGUGAAGAAAAACAUCACGAGGGUAAAGGUAGUGGAAGUUUGAUUUUGAUACCCAACAAUGCCACCAAAAUCAAAGUUAGAUUUCAAGUCAUGCGCGCACCUGGUGUUUGGUGUGAUGUGAAAAAGUAUGAUGUUGAAAACCGUUGUUGGGUAGAACCAAAGCAGCCUCAUACUUUCGACUACACGAUACCCGUGAGUCGCACGUACACCUUGGCUGGAAUGUUGCGUUGUGAAAAAGUGAUCAAUAUCACAGGAGAGAGCGAUUAUAAUCUACCCAGCUAUAUGGAAUUAACAGCCGAAAUAAAUAACGAGUCCACGGCAUCCGUGAUUCACAGAUUAAAGUAUAUUUCUGAAGGAAGUUGGGUUUCAAAGAUGCUCGUUGAUUAUGAGGAGGACGGUGAAACAAAACAUCAAGAAGUUAAAGAUAGCAAAGAAUCGUUUCUGAUACCAACUAAUGCAACAAAUAUCGAAGUUAGAUUUCAGGUCAUGCGUGCUCCUGGUGUUUGGUCUGAUGUGAAAAAGUACGACCGUUUCAAUGAAUGUUGGGUAAAACCAGCCCAGCCUCAUAUUUUCAAGUACGACAAACCAGUGAGUUGCACGUACACUUUGGAUGGAAACUUCUUUUAUGAAAAAGUAGAGAAUAUCAGCGAAGAUAGACAAAAAAAGGAAUACACAAAGGGCAAAGAAUGCAUUUCCAGCCAUGAACCAAAACAUUACAACGUUAAAGAUGCCACUUGUUCGAUUCUGAUACCAAAGAAAGCCAUUAAUCCCAAAGCCGAGUUUCAGGACAUCCCGUGUGACCAAGUUUGGGGUAGUGAAACAACGACAUCAUCUUCCAUCCAGGGUAUUAGCACACAAGGAUUUGUUUAUGAAGUUCCAGACUUAACAGCUUUAUUUGUUCCAGUUAAAGUUCCGAGAACAAACUGGUUUGUGCAAAAUAUCUUGGAUGAAAAUCUUAAUAUGAAAGAAGAAUACGAGAAAGAAUUGUCAAGAUUAUCCUGGGUGAGAGAUUUUUAUAUUGGUUUUGACGGCAAGAAGGAUAAAACGUGGAAAAUAUUCAUCACCCACGUCCAAAAUAAGGAACCGUCGAUGAAGGAACUGAGAGAAAUAUUUAGUGUGAAACACGUUGCAUCCUUUGUUGAUUUCAUCCCAGAACAAAGAAAAAAAGUUACUGGUAAAUCUCGCUUUCUUCAGGGACCAAAAACAGGCGACGGCAUUCAUGAAGAAAAUGGAUUUUCUGAUGGAAAAAUAUGUAUUAUUUGUGUUGGAGAUCCUCGCACAAGAAGCCACUACGCAAUGACCAGCUAUCAUGUGUGCUAUAACAACAGAUUACCAGAAGACCUAUUCGAAGCGCACAGAGAUCUAAAGAGAGACUACCAAAAUGGGUCACCAAAUUGUCGUGAUGUAACCUACAGGUAUACAGACGAAAAUGAACGUGGAACACUUGGUAAAUUUUACUGUGGUUUAUACAACGACGAACAUGAUAUUGCCCUCGUCAAACUUGAAUCUCACUUAUCUUGCCAACAUCACAUUACAUUUCUUAACCGAAGAGAAAUCGAGACAACUUUGGCUAGUAAAAAGGACGUCAUGGAAAAAAUGGAAGAAAUGCUUGGAUCAGUUCCCGUGAAAAUAAUUGGUUCAAUAAUUAGAAAUGGAGAAGGAAUCCUGUUUGCAAUAAAUGCAAGGACAACAAAUGACGGAAUGAACAAGGGAUUUUAUAGAAUAAGAGGAGUGGGUGGAGAAAAUUUUGCAGAGGAAGGUGAUUCAGGGGCUUUGGUAUACAUGAUAUGCGACGAUCACAAAAAUAUACCAUUCGCAUAUGUAAGCAACGUGAAUGAAAGAGGAAUAUAUUACUGCGGUAAUUUGAAAUUCAGUUUAGAAAGUUUAAACCCUGAUAUGAAACCUUGCUUAGGUCAAUGUGGUUUUGAGUAAUUUGGAACUAUGCUCCAGCAAAGCAUCAAUUAAAAAACAUUUUAGAAAAUCCAUGUAUUCUUACUUAUUAUGCAUUUAAUCAGGCAAACGAUAAUACAGUUGUGAGGAGAAUCAACAAUCUGCCCAUUAAACUGGUGCGACUUAAUGAAAUAACUUUCAUAAAUUUAAGGACAUAUAUAUUCUGAUCAUAAUAUAUUCAUAUAUAUCUAACCAUUACCCAAGCAUAUAUUCAUUCAAAGUAGACUAUUUCAAAACUCAUUUUCAAGGGACACAAAUAA